AUGGUACUCUUCACGCAGCUUCUCCCUUUCCUCGCUAUCUUCUGCGCCAAUUUUGCCGGGAUUGUUUCAACUCCAAUCCCUGGAGGCUCUCAAGCGAAGCAAGAAUGCGACUCCAUCGAAAUCCGCAGAGAAUGGCGUGACCUGACAGUCGAACAACGACUGGACUACCUCCGUGCUGUGAAGUGUCUCCAGGAGACGCCGGCGAACAUCGAAACAUCUAGGAAGGAGAUAAAGACGCGGUAUGAUCAAUUCCAGGCGGCCCAUUUUGAUCUCGCAUUCCAAGUACACGGUGUUGGUCAGUUCCUGGCAUGGCACCGUCACUUUGUUACGCUUUAUCACAAGGCCUUGCGUGACGAUUGCGGAUACGAGGGGCCGGCAACAUACUGGGACUGGACACGAGAUGCCGAUGGACCUGGAUUAUUCAAGGACUCACCGGUGUUCGACGACGUUACUGGAUUCGGGGGAAAUGGCGUACCAGGAACCUCUGAGCCUCUGCCUCCAAUUCCAGCGCCAGGCCUUCCCCCUCUCCCAGGGUUCCCUGAAGGUCCAAGGGCACCAGCCGGCUGUGUUCAAACAGGUCCUUUCAAGGACCAUCUCGUCAAUUUCGGACCAGGCCAAUCGAUAGGGGCCCCAAGUUGCAUCAUUCGUGCGAUCUACGAGGACGUUAGGGACAAUGUCAACAGCACAAGUGUAGCAGCGCAGAUGGCUCAGACAAACUUCGAAGAUUUCCGAAACUUCCUUGAGCUUCAAGGACCCCCACUGGCUGUUGGUGCUGGACUGCACUGGGCUGGACACGCCAUUGUGGGAGGAAUGAUGAUGGAUGGCUGGUCAGCGCCAGGCGACCCGUUGUUCUAUCUUCACCACGGAAACCUUGAUCGAAUCUGGUACAAGUGGCAGAUGGAUGAUCCGGAAAACCGACUCUACGCCAUCUCAGGACCUUCUUCGGUGCGACCACCCUCUAACGAUAAUGUUACACGGGACUUUAUGAUGCCAUACGCGACGGUUAGCGAGCCUGUAGCUGUUGGGGAUGUAAUGGAUACCGAGGCGUACCCCGGGUGUUUCAAAUAUGUGGAUUAG